AUGCCAUCCUUUCCACGAAACCUUUGUCUUGUAAUACUGUUACAUCUACAGCUUGCAAAUUCUGCGCGACCCUCCGAGGCUUUCUCCCUCCACUCUUCCAUUGCAAGGUCGCCCCGAAUAUCACAUCCUUCGUUUCCUCGAGGGGGUGGAAAUGGUCCUUCUGUACCUAGUGCCUCGUCGGCCAGUGGUGACAAUGUCGGAGCAAAGCUCGAACCAAUUGGAAAAGCCUUGGUUGAAUUGGCAGUUGCCACUUGGACUUUUACCAAAUAUCUCUUUGAUCAUCAAAUACGAGAUCCCAAAACACACAUUGUCGAACCCCUACAGCAGAGACUGAACAAAGUUUUAGGCGAAAAGAAGAAUGAGGAUGCUGUUGCUGAUAUAACCACUGAGGAAGACACUAUAGACAAAUCCUUCUUGAAAGGACACCGAGUCGUACGGUUAUCUCUUGUGGCAUGGAUUUUAUCGGAAGCAUUAGAUCUCAUGGGAAUCUUGCACGAAGACACACCUCGCUUGUUGAAAUCCCAAGUGGAUCGAGUUUGGUACGACGUUCAACCUAAACUUAUGGAUGCGUUGAACCUCAUUCAUGAAUGGUGGAGUAGGGCCAUGACCACGGAGAACUUUGAAAGCAUUCCUUCUAAAUACAAUUUUGCGUUGGGAACCAGUAUUGGUAUGAUUGUGGCACCAUUAUUGUCGGCAGUCAUGGGAACGAUUGCUAGACCACUCAUUUUGGUUUAUUCCUUGGCAGAAGGCAAUGCGUUUCUUCAACGACGGGGACAACGUGGACUAGUCGACCUCUUGGACACCAUUCAUAGUGGCAUUGGUCAUGGGUUUGGAAGAGUUUUGGAACGGUUUCGUAGAAUAGUUCGAUCGGCCAUGCCCCAACCAGUACCCAUUGACGGUGCUCUCAUUUUGACAACUGGGGGAUCCCGCUUUGAUAGUAUUAGGGGAACUUUGGUCCAACAACGGCACUACCGACGAUCCUAUCUGUUUCCGUGGAGAAAAGUGCAAAUUUCCAAAGCGCUAGUUAAUUCAAACCAAGAUGGAAAAGGGCCAAUUCAUCCAAUGGUGGCCAUGAUUCGACACGGUUUUGUGGUGGGAAGUGCCAUUGGAUUCUUUCUGCGAACAUGA